UUAUCGGAUUAUCAUAACCUAAAAAUUGAUACCAAAAAUAAACAAAACUAUAACUCACAUGUAGUUCAUUAUAUUUUAUUUUUCAGUUUUGUAUUUUAAAGUAAUUUUAAAAUAAAUUAUAAAUUCAGCAUUUCUUGAUGGAUUUGAAGACGUACAAAAAAAUUCACCCGGUGAAGUACUACAAGGACUACCUGGAACAUAACAUCCGACCGGAUGGGCGCGAAAUUGGAGACCUUCGACCGUUAGCUAUUAAUUUCGGUUCUAUCAAAACGGCAGACGGAUCGGCAAUCGUAAAGAUAGGAAACACUACGGUAGUAUGUGGCAUCAAAGCCGAAUUGGCGCCCCCGAAGCCGGUCGCACCGGAAACUGGUUACCUGGUCCCGAACAUUGAGAUAUCCCCGCUGUCGUCGCCAAAGUAUCGCCCUGGUCCACCAAGCGAAGAGGCUCAAGUGUACAGCUGCUCACUAGCCGACGCUAUUAUCAAUUCAGGUUGCGUCAAUCUGAACGAUCUUUGCAUUACGAAGGAACAACUGGUAUGGGCACUAUACUGCGAUUUGGUCUGCCUGGAUCACGAUGGUUGCAUAUUCGAUGCGUCGAUGGUGGCUUUGGUGGCCGCGCUGCAUACCCUCCGCUUGCCGCAGGUUAAGCACAAUCCGGACACGGACGAACGCGAGGUGGAUGAGGAUGGUGAACGAAUUGCGUUGAAAUUGAAAUCGAUCCCAGUGACGACAUCGUUUGCGGUGUUUGGUGGUCGAAUUAUUGCCGAUCCGACGGCGGAGGAGGAAGCACUGGCCACAUCGACCAUUACGAUUACGAUUUGCGAUGCCACCCUGAGUUACAUCAACAAGAGCGGUGGCGAUCCGCUGGAGCAGAAACUGCUCGACGAAUGCAUUGAGAAUGCAAUGAAAAGGGAAAAGUCUGUGAGGGGUUUGAUACGAAAGAUGGUUAAGAAUCGAAAGCUGCUCUUUGCGUUACAUAUUCAAGAAACGUACCAUGCGAUGCGUUCAACAAAAGGCAGUUCGAUGGGUCAAUGGCGAAAUAUCUAAAAAAGGAGGACAUUU